AUGGCUUCUAGAUUAGAAAUCAAUUUUAUCAGAUUGCUUUCUCGGUGUGAAUCUAUUGCCUCAGACAAACGUGGUGAGACGGAAUGGAGACUGGAAAAGUACGUGGCUGCCUUGGAGGAGAUGUUGGUUGCAUUGAGGAAAGCUCCAAGUUUAACAUCAACAUUAUUCCAAAGCAAACCAACACCAGAGAUUCUAACAGAAUAUACAAGAAAAGUGGGGUUUUUAAAAGGACUACUUGAAGCAGAAAAACUGUCCUCACCAGCUGAAAAAGCUUUGGCUAAUCAGUUUCUUGCUCCUGGAAGAACCGCAACUAUUGAAAAUGAGAGGAUGUCUGCCACUAAAACUGUCCACAUGCAAACACAAGCCCGGUGUACUGGAGAAAUGAGAGCAGAGUUGUUCUCCACGAAUUCUCCACAAAAAGGCACAAUGGAAAACGAAUUGCGAAAUAGAAGAGGUUUGCCGGUGGAUGAACGUCAGUCAGCUGCAGAGCUUGAUGCAGUUCUUCAGCACCAUCACAAUCUUCAGGAGAAACUGGCAGACGACAUGCUCAACCUGGCCCGGAACUUGAAGAACAACACUCUGGCUGCACAGAACAUUAUUCGCCAAGACAACCAGACAUUGAACCAGUCCAUGCGCCAAGCUGAUCUGAACUUUGAAAAGCUUAAAACUGAGUCUGAGCGACUGGAGCAACACACAAAGAAAUCUGUGAACUGGCUGCUGUGGCUUAUGCUCAUCCUGGUGUCGUUCACAUUCAUCAGUAUGAUCCUCUUCAUCAGGAUCUUUCCCAGACUCAGAUGA